AUGAAUGAAGGAAAUGAAAGUCUUUCGUCAAAGAAUUCGGAAUCGAACAACGAAAAUCCCGAUGAUCAGGCAGAAGUAAGUGCUAAGAAGAGGAAAAUGAGUGAGCCCAGCGGCAUUGAUAUACCAUCGUCGUCUGGAGAACAGUCCAACUCUCAGUUACCAUCAUGGGUUGCAGGAGGCUCGCCCGCUCGCUUUGUUGCUCCUGAUGAGCUCUUGAAAAUGUCAGUUGCUAUGGAUAACCUCGCGCUGGUUCACGAAAUCGCGAUUGAUCCCAACUUUUCUGUGUCGGACGUGCCAUCGAAUCCGAUACAAGCCGCCAUAAAAGAGAAUAUGCAUCGUGCUUACUGGGAUCUUCUUACCGAAGAUCUAGCCAAGGAUCCUCCCGACUACACGCAUGCGUUUAAUCUUCUGAUGGAAAUUAAGCAAAUUCGUUGCGCAGUAAGAUGGAGCAGAACUGCAUGGAUGUUCCACGGAAUCGGGCGCUUCAUCAUUGACUUGCUUGGAAGGUUGUGCGCUCCAGAACGGGAUACCAUUGUGGAAAAGUUGCGCCACGAGGAAGGGAUUGUUGAGAUGAUAAAGGGUAUAUUCACUUUGAUGGAUAUCAUGAAGGACGAUUUGACAAAUUAUGUGCUUUCGACCAAUCGUGCCGCUGUGGAGGAGUACAGCUCAAAAUUCGAGUACAAAGAGUUUCUGAAGUAUUUGGAGAAAUUUCCUGAUGGUUCGAUCAUGACUAAAGAGUGGAUUAAGCUUGCCUAUCUCGAAAUUCGUCCUUCUACUUCUGAUGAUUCGCAACCUGAUCAAAAAAGGGAAAGACAGCACUCUGAGGAACCUGAUGACGAUGAGAUCGUUAAGACAACCAGUCGAGGCUAUCUCAAAUUAGUUGAGUCUCUAAAUCCAGUACCAUAUCCUGAAACCCUGCGUAUAGACAGGCUACGGUACACGGCCCUUGGCCUUGGGAUUCUUUGGGGAGCGUUCCGUCUGCGCCAAAUUCGUGAGUACCACGCUGACAUUCGUGAGUGGGAGCACGAAAAGGCUGUGGCGAAGGCGUAUGAGGAUGCACAGAGGAAGAAGUGGCUCUCUAGAGAGGAGAUGCGUUACUUCUGA